GUUUAAAAUAGACAAAGUUGUCUCUCUUUUCUUGCUCCUAUGCAUCAGACAUCUUCACCUCUACUCUUACUCGCCCCGCUGUCUCUUUAUAGUGUACUAGCCUAGGUACCUACCUACAUAGUGUACGUUCACGAUGGCAUUGUCACGCUCAACUCAACCGCUUAAAGCUCUUUAUAUAAUAUAUUUUACCUUAAAACUUCCAUUUAUAUUAAUCUCACUUAUAAUCUAUUAUACUAUCCCUUCGUUGCGACCUAUACGACAAUGGAGCAUAAGAACAAGUGUAGCCACUUAUAUUAUACGCAUAUUUUUUAACCUCGUCUCUGUAAUCGGUCUUUCAAGCCUCCGACCCUUAACUAAAGAGAAGGCUAAGGAACGGUUUGCCUACAUCGAGCCCGGCAAGGACGAGCUUUAUUCCGGCGUCUUAUCCCCAGCAGCUGUCAAGCCGGUGCCCCUGAAGGGACUUUGGGAUGCGGGUCUAGGUGGUCCAGUAACCAUUGACAAAUCAAAAGUCCUCCUUCUUUUCCCUGGAGGUGCCUUUGUUUUUGCCUUUGAUCCUUAUGAAGGGUCCAAUAUCGUCUCAGAUUUAGUAAAACGUGUUCCAGGGGCUAGGGUAUUCCUCGCCCAGUAUCGACUUGCCACCUCCCCCGCCGGUCGAUUUCCAGCCUCGAUCCAAGACGCACUUACCUUCUACAACUACAUACUGAACCUCGGUAUCGAUCCGAAAGACAUCAUCUUCUUAGGAGACUCAGCUGGAGGCAACGUUGCCGUAGGGUUACUAAGAUACCUAGAAGAAAGUCGGAAGCUUCCACUACCAGGUGGUGUGCUGGCAUACUCACCAUGGAUUCACGUAACCAACGAUGCCAAGAGUCAAUACGGAGACUCACCUAAACUACGGACCGACUGUAUCAACUACCCCGUCCUCCAGACGGGAUACGACAAGUACAUUCCCGAAGGUGGAAUGACACCAGAAGUAGCACCGUACUUUUCUCCCAUGACACAUCCAUUCAAGACGAGCGUGCCGGUAUAUAUCCAAGCCGGAGAAGCUGAAGUUUUCUACGACGAAAACAAGCAAUUCGCAGAGGCAAUGGAAGGAAUAGAAGGCAACAAGGUGAAAUUCCACACGAUAAAGCACGCACCACACGACCUCAUCCUAUCGCACAGGAUGGUCGGCUUAACAGCUGAGGCAACCGCCUCGGUCGAGGAUGCUAUAGCCUUUGUUAGCAAGGACGUGGAUUGAGAGGACAGACAUGUGAUGAUAUAACACAGGCCGAGAUGUUAGUUCCAUUGAUGAUGGAGGCCACCCCGCCGGCGGGCUUUUGCAGAGCAUGCACCUACCACGAUGCAAGUGCUCAGAUUCGAGAUCUCUCAUUUUUGACGGAGCAGCCUCGAACAAGUUUUAAUGGUUCAAUGAUAAUGACGAAUAUCGCCAAGGUGAUACGGAAUAGGAUGGGAGCCAGGGAUGCCACGUGGUUGAACCCCUGUAAAUAGCUUCAAUUUAGCCAAGCUACCUUUCUCACUACGCCGCAGGUUAAUCUUGGUUCUGACGAUUUAGUUACCUAUCUUUCGCCGAUAUCAGCUAUCGAUUGGUGAAUACGAAUAGCAUACAUUAAAGCCUGCAAAUGAAUCACGCUGUUUAACUUGUAUUAGUCCAUCGCGAUAUUCGCUUGGCGAUGUGUAUCAAGCACGAGUGAUUUUACGCGAAUUCUUGGUGAAUAGGAAUACCUGUUCAGCCGCAUUCAACGAUUUGUUGGUGCAAGCCCUGUUACUCUGAUGUAAUGCCGAGCCAAUAUUUGCACUUCAUCCUAACCUCCUUCGAUGCGAUAGCCU